CCUAUCAUGAUUUGCAUUAUUGAAAUACGUCAGUUAUUAAUAUUAUUUAAAUUCUUUGUCGUUGUAAGAGUGCUGCAAAUUUUCAAAUAAUCCGCCACAUCAAUUCGUCGAUUAUUUUCAGCUGGUUAGUAUACCUACCUAUACCAUGUACCUACAUGACCUCAAAUUAUUAGUUGGUACAGAAACUGUUGGAAGUCUAGGAAAUAUGACCGAAAAUACUGUGAAUAGCAGUCGCAGACCAAAUUUUUCCAAUAUCCCGCAAAAUGGGUUAAACAGGAAUUUAAAUCUACUAAAUAUUAAACCUACAACUGCUAAAAAGCUGGUAAUAAAAAACCUUAAAAGUGAACCAAAGCUUCCUGAUGAUUAUCGUGAACAAACAUGGGAUAAACUGCGUAGCGCAGUGUUGGCUAUACAACAGUCAAAACCUAACCAGUAUUCAUUAGAGGAACUGUACCAGGCUGUAGAAAAUAUGUGCAAUCAUAAAAUGGCCCCUACCUUAUACUCGAGACUUUACAAUUUAACAGAAAAUCACGUUUCGCACAAUAUCGAACAAUUCUUGGCGGAAUCUAUGGAUCGCUUUCUGUUUCUAAAGAAGAUGAAUGAGACCUGGCUAGCUCACUGCAAUCAGAUGAUCAUGAUAAGAAGCAUAUUCUUAUAUCUAGACCGAACUUAUGUCCUUCAGAAUCCAAAUAUUUCUUCGAUUUGGGAUAUAGGCUUAGAGUUAUUUAGCAAAUAUAUAUUAUUAAAUACUUUGGUUCAGACGCGUGUAGUUGAAGGUUUACUAAUGCUUAUUGAAAAAGAGCGGCAAGGAGACAAAGUUGACCGGACUCUAUUAAAAUCACUUCUUCGGAUGUUGACAGAUCUACAGAUCUAUGAUAAAGCUUUCGAACAAAAAUUCUUGCAGUCGACAGAGCGACUCUAUGCAGCCGAAGGUCAACGACUAAUGCAAGAACUGGAAGUUCCCGAUUACUUAGCCCAUGUAGAUAAAAGAAUCAAUGAAGAAAAUGAAAGAGUGUUACAUUAUCUCGACUCUGGUACGAAGUACCAGUUGAUUCAUACAGUCGAGAAGCAGCUAUUGAGCGAACAUGUUACCAAUAUUCUCCAGAAAGGUCUCGAUCAGUUACUAAGUGAAAACAGAAUUAGCGACCUUACGUUGCUGUACCAACUAUUAAGCCGUGUCAAAAACGGACUUACGGAACUGUGCACAGCUUUCAAUGGUUUCAUAAAAACAAGAGGAAGAACAAUCGUCAUUGACCCUGAAAAAGACAAAACUAUGGUUCAAGAACUGUUGGAUUUCAAGGAUGCUAUGGAUAAUAUCGUCGUGACUUGCUUUAAUAGGAAUGAAAAAUUUAGCAAUUCACUUAAAGAAGCUUUUGAACACUUUAUUAAUCAAAGAACAAAUAAACCUGCUGAGCUUAUCGCUAAAUUUGUGGACUCCAAGCUGCGUGCUGGUAAUAAAGAAGCAACAGAAGAAGAGCUGGAACGACUCUUGGACAAAAUAAUGGUUUUGUUCCGAUUCAUUCACGGCAAGGACGUAUUCGAGGCCUUCUAUAAAAAAGAUUUGGCUAAGAGAUUGCUUGUCGGCAAAUCAGCAAGCGUAGAUGCAGAAAAAAGUAUGUUGAGUAAACUGAAACAAGAAUGCGGAGGAGGAUUUACUUCCAAAUUGGAAGGAAUGUUUAAAGACAUGGAGCUUAGCAAAGAUAUUAAUGUUGCAUUCAAGCAACAUUUGAAUGUAAAUACUCGUAAUUUAGCCCCUAUCGAUAUGACAGUUAAUAUAUUAACCAUGGGUUACUGGCCUACUUAUCAAGCGAUGGACGUUACUUUGCCCGAUCAAAUGGUCAAGUUUCAAGACAUUUUUAAAGACUUCUACCUUAGUAAACAUAGCGGAAGGAAGUUGCAGUGGCAACCCACGUUGGGUUAUUGCGUUUUAAAGGCUACCUUUAAAACUGGCCCUAAAGAACUUGUCGUUUCUUUAUUUCAAACUUUAGUAAUAUUGUUAUUUAAUAAAUACGAUGAGGUCACUUUUGAGUACAUCAAGGCAGCGACGAGUAUAGAAGAUGGAGAACUGAGAAGAACAUUACAGUCAUUGGCGUGCGGCAAAGCAAGGGUUCUAAAUAAAAUACCUAAGGGACGUGAAAUUGAGGACAAUGAUAAAUUUAGGUUCAACAAUGAAUUUACCAAUAAGUUGUUUAGAAUUAAAAUAAAUCAAAUACAGAUGAAGGAAACCACCGAAGAACAAAAGGCAACCGAGGAACGUGUUUUCCAGGAUAGGCAGUACCAAAUUGAUGCCGCCAUAGUCAGAAUCAUGAAAAUGCGUAAAACGCUUAGUCAUAAUUUGCUUAUUAGUGAGCUAUACUUACAGUUGAAAUUUCCUGUCAAGCCGGCGGAUUUGAAGAAACGUAUAGAAUCUUUAAUUGAUAGAGACUAUAUGGAGAGGGAUAAGGAUAACCCGAACCAAUAUAACUACGUUGCUUAAGUUCUACUUUCUUGGUUUCAGUUGUCUUUUGAUCUGUGUACUGUUACUAUUUUUAGUUAAUCCUACAGCAAAUUGCAGUUGAUUAAAUUUCUAGUCCAGUCAUAAAUCUGGCCCUUUCUGCAUUGUAAAUAUAAUAGCAGGUUUAUAUGAGCAAGUUGUACUAAGUACAUUAUAUAUUAGUAGUAUGGGGUUUUUCGUUUGUCUCUAUCUCAUUAAUAUUUUUGAAAAUGAUAAAAUAUUUUGUUUAGUUUUUGCAUUUUGUGCAUCAAAUACCGUAAUUUAUAAGAUUUGCAGUAAAUCGCAGUAAUGAUAUCUUCAAAAUUGUAAAUAUUUACAUCUUUAUGUAAUGUCACAAUAUCUCAGUUGAGUGAUUUAAAAGUUAGUCUGCGUUUUGUGACUUUAUAAAGUGUAAUUAUUAAACAAAAAACUGUGAUGGAUAAAAUUUUAUAUAUACAUAAAAGUAUUUAAUAUAAAUCUAUGAUUUAGGGCAAAAAAUAUUGAGACAACGGUAUUAACUGAAAUUUAAAUUCUGUACAUAACUAACAGCAGAUUUUUGUAAAUAUAAACUAAGCAGUUUUGCCUAGGUAUUGUUACAGUUUUACAACCUUUAAUUGCUUCUCAAGUUAGUUUCUUUUAAACCAGUUUUAUUUUGUAGUGGUAACAAGUAACCAAUUCGAUCGCAUAACAAUUUACUAAAUUAUCGUUUUUAUUUGCGUGUUGGUGGUGUUCACUUGUCCAAUAAUCACAUAUAAAUUAAUGAUUGUUAUGUAGAAUAAAACUGGAUUUAUAAAAACUAUAAUCCUGAAUGUUCUUAUUUCAGUGGAAAAAAGCCUUUUGUUUUAAUAAAUAUGUAAGUUUUGUAUUUUAAAAUUUAAGUAAAUCUUGGUUUUGAA